GGGAUCAUGUGAAAAAAAUAAGUGGAGCCCAGAAAAGCUAUUAAAUUUUGAAAAAUCAACUUAUUCAGAUUGAUUUUAACAUUUUUGGAAUUAAUUCAUCAUUUAUUCAUGUUUAACAUGAUCCAAAAUCAAUUUUUCUCAUCGUAUUUGGCGCUAUAAUUUUAAAAGUUGUUCACCACUUGCAGCUGAUAAUCUAAUAGAUGAAAACAUACAAACCUAACUUUUUUACAAUUUGUGUUUCAUUCAAACUGUGAAAAUUCUCGAUUGAUUAAUUUCUGUAAUUUAAUCAAUAGCCAGAUAUAUUUCUGAUUCUCCUAAUGUACAUUAUCGAUUCAAGAUGACAUCUGAAGAAGACAGUGGAGAUCCCAAAAGGCCUCAAUUUGGUAGUCGAUUUUUAACUGAUGAUAAAGACGUUUUUUCACACAAUGCAUGGGAUCAAAUUGACUGGACUGAAGAGCAAUUGGCUGAGGUUGAUGAGAAAAUCCAAAAGAAUUCAGCUGAUCGUGUUGAUACUGAUGUAAAAAAUGAUUUUUUAAGCAGAGCUGGUCACUAUUGGAAUAAAUUUUAUGAAACUCAUCAAAAUAAAUUUUUCAAAGAUCGCCACUGGUUAUUCACGGAGUUUCCUGAACUAUUAUCAAAAGAAGUUGUCAAUAUUUUUGAAAUUGGAUGUGGAGUUGGAAACACUGUUUUUCCUCUUUUAGCACUCAGAGAAAGUCCACAAACGAUGAUUUAUUGCUGUGAUUUCUCACCAUUGGCCAUUGAUAUAUUGAAAAGUAAUGAUUUAUUCGAUGAAAACCGCUGCAAACCAUUCGUUUGUGAUGUCACAUCUGAUGUAUUGUCAUUACCCUUUGAUGAAUCCAGUUUGGAUGUAAUUGUUUCUAUAUUCACACUUUCGGCUAUCCCACCUAAAGAUAUACCCAGGGUAAUCAGUAAUUUAUGUCGGUUCCUAAAACCAGGAGGAUUAUUUCUAUUUCGUGAUUAUGGCAAAUAUGACUUGGCUCAGGUGCGGUUUAAGAAGGGUUCAUGCCUCGAAGAUAAUUUCUAUGCUCGAGGAGACGGAACCAUGGCUUACUUUUUCACUGAGGAUGAAGUUGAUAAAUAUUUCGUUGAUGCAGGAUUAGUGAAAAAAUCACUCAUUACUGAUAAAAGAUUACAAGUCAAUCGCGGGAAACAAUUGAAAAUGUAUCGUAUUUGGAUUCAAGCAAAGUACCAAAAACCAGGCUGAUAUAUCAUAUUUCACUGAUUUCGGACCCAAAUCCUGUUCUCAAUAUGAUGAAUUUAUCAUUUACUCAUCUUGUAAAUGUAUUUAUAUUUUCUGAAAAAUAUCAAAUGGAAAUGUGAUAAAUUUGCCUUAAAGCGCUUACUACUAAUCUAAAUGAUCUAUGAAAAACAAAUCAAAAUCGAGAAUAAUGAUGGAUUGAUUAGCCUGAUUGGGAAAUAGACGCGAUUCUUGAACUUGAAUCCAAAAAUAAAUUGGGCUUUGAAAUCAGCUCGGCAGAUAAAUUAUUGCUGAUACAAAAUAAACAUACAGAAGAAAAUUUUGCUUCAAAAA